GGAGCUCAACUAUCCUGUAGGCACAGGGGGUGCUCUGGUUACUUUCAGCCUCUGUGUGUGCAUGUGUGUGUGCGCGUGCAUUGUUUCGAAGAGCAGAGUUCAGAAAAAAACAGAAGAGAGAAAAGCAAGAUCACACACAUGCCAGCAUGGAGAAAGGUAGAAAAGGUGAAAGGGAGGCUUAAGAUGACAAAGGCAAGCAUGCUUUUGUUGCCAUAGGUUGGAAUGGAUGUCUUAUGUUCAGGGGAAGGAGUGAGGACGUUUUUCUUCUCUAAUCAAACCUUAGGACUUCAAGGAGACACAAUGACAAGGUAUUAAGGCGCAAAGAAACCCCAAGGCCAGAAAAUGAGCAGAAUGAAAGGUCCAUACCGGGAAGUCCUUUCUUGGGAUACCUUGCGAAUGAGCCCUCAAGAGUGAAGAACAAGUCGAGCAAGAAGGAGAUCGAGGCUGGACGUUCAACAGGCAUGAGGGGGAGGGCAGCCUGAAGAAGAGGAGAUAAUCAGUUGAGAGCAAAAUUAGUCUACACGGUAAAGAGAGACAGACGACAAGCUCAAUACUGAUGAGAGAUCAAGGUUGGUGUUCCUAUUCCUAACCUGAUUAGACAAGUGGAGGCUGGGAGGGAAGAGCACCAGAACGUGAGAGCUGCGAGGAGAAAAGACGGCAGGAAUUACAACGGGUCACUUGGUGGAAGAAGCCUCUUAAAUCUGGGGGAGCUGCAGAAACUGCUAGAGAGGAAGCCACAAAACCACAGUCAAGAUGCCCUCUAAUGGGAAUCUUUCACCUCUAAAGCUUCAGUUUGGUAUGAUCAAUCAUGAAGGUCGUUACCUCACUGCUGAGACUUUUGGCUUCAAGGUCAAUGCAUCAGCUCCAAGCAUGAAGAAGAAGCAGAUCUGGACUCUUGAGCAGGACUCCCAGGACACCCAGGUGGUCUACCUGCGCAGCCACCUCAGACGCUACCUUGCCUCUGACAAGGAUGGCAAGGUCACCUGUGAGGCAGACGGCCAAAACUCAGAUUGCCGUUUCCUGAUCGUGGCGCAGUCAGACGGUCGCUGGGCUCUGCAAUCCGAGCAGCACCUCCGUUUCUUUGGCGGCUCCAGGGACUACCUGUCCUGCUUCGCCCAAGUCAUCACUGACGCCGAGCUGUGGGCGGUGCAUCUUGCUCUACACCCGCAGGCCAACUUGCUGUCGGUGGCCCGCAAGCGCUACGCUCAUCUCUCGAUGGAGGAUGGCGAGAUCGCGGUGGAUGUGAAUAUUCCCUGGGGGGUGGCUGCGCUCCUGACCCUCGUCUACUUCAAUGGGAAGUACUGCCUUAAGACCUGUGACAGCCGCUUCCUCAGCAAUGAUGGGAAGCUUGUGAAGGAGAGCAGCAGGUCCACAGCGUACACGCUGGAGCUCACGUGUGGCAAGUUGGCUUUUAAAGACUGUGAGGGAAAGUACUUGUCUCCCAUGGGCCCGACAGGUACCUUGAGGUCAGGACGAUGCUCCAAGCCGGGCAAGGACGAACUGUUUGACCUGGAGGAGAGCCACCCACAGGUGGUUCUGAUGGCAGCCAAUGGGAAAUAUGUUUCUAUGAGGCAAGGAGUGAGCCUCUCCGCCAACCAGGAAGACGAGACGGACAUGGAGAUGUUUCAGAUGGAAAUCGACAAGGAGAGCAGCAAGUGCACAUUUCGCACCAGCCAAGGGAACUACUGGAGUCUGGUGGCCCACGGAGGCAUCCAGACUACAGCCACAGAAGUUUCAGCAAACACGAUGUUCGCAAUGGAGUGGAUUGGUCACAAGGUGGCGAUAAAGGCCAACAAUGGAAAAUACAUCUGCACCAAGAAGAAUGGACAAUUAUUAGCUGUCAGUGACUUCAUAGGCGAGGACGAACAGCUCAGUGUGAAACUGAUCAAUCGGCCCAUGUUGAUCCUGCGAGGGGAGAAUGGUUUCAUCUGCCACCACAAGAACUCCAACACUUUGGAUGCCAGCAGAUCUGUUUAUGACAUUUUCAGCCUGCAUUUCAGCAAUGGCGCCUAUCAUAUUAAAGGUGUGACUGGUCGCUUCUGGUACGUCAACAGUGCUGGUCUGGUGUGUUCAGAUGGUGAAGUCCCAGAGGAUUUCAGUCUGGAGCUCCUGGAGCGAGGCCGUCUCGCCAUCCGUGGCAAGAACGGCCAGUAUCUGCGUGGAGACCAGGGAGGCACGCUUAAAGCAGAUGGACUCAAUCUGAGCAGCUCAGCUUUGUGGGAGUAUUAAUGCAAGAAAAAAAACAUACCUGUGAUCUCCUGUUGUCAAAGAGACAUUUUCUAUCCAUAAUGUGAACUUUAAGGUAGAAGAUCAGCAAUGAGGAGGAAACUUCUACUGCAAUUAACAUUUGAUAAAUAGGCAUUCAAACAGUUGUCUGAUUCUGGUUAGGGAUUUUUCUAUGCCGCCUUACCUUUCUUCCUUAAGGAAACAAAGUGGUGCUUUAGUAAAUGACUUGCCAUUCACGGUAGUGUCAUUUGAGAAAGACAUAGUCGCCAUUAAGGGAGAACGGAGGUCACCUUUUAGUCCCUCAUUAGUGUGAUGCAGGGAGUUUAUUAACAGAUGAGAUCAGGUUUCUACUGCAGGCUAACUCUCAUGUCCACUACAUGUUAGCUGUUUUUGCAUACUCUUGUUUCCUUUUAAGAAGAGGCAAAGUCGAUUUACACGACUUUGUUUGUUCAAAUUGUGUUGACAUGCUCUAAGGGAGCAUUCAAUCUACUAGCUGUAGUUUAUUGCAGUGUUUCCCACCCGUUAUUGAUCCAAGGCACAUAUUUUACAUUCGAAAAAUCUCAUGGCACACCACCAGAAAGAAUUUAAUCAUUCUGCUUGUCACUAUAUGUCCCUGGUAUAGAUACAUGAAAAAAGAUAUAUUGUCAUCAAUAAAUAACAACGCUUGGACCAAUUCAGUAAAUUUGGAUAACUAAGUGUGCCGUGUCUCUGUGGUUGGGAAUCACCACUCACGCCAGUAUUAUGAAUUACCAGUGUUCUCGUGAGAAUUUAGUGGGAAAUUGUACAAAUAGUAAGAAACGACGACCAAUGCUGUACAAACCCCACAGACAUGCAGCCCUAAAAACACUAUUUUGCCAUAUUCAAAUUUGCUAAUUCAAGUAAGAGCAAACAUUGCCUGCUUUUCUCUUUUCAUGUCUGUGCUAUGUAUUGUGUAUAAAAUUCGAUAUUUUCUGUGAUAUUAGCCCACCACCAUCAACACCUGGAGCAGUCCAACAUAAAGAGCUCAAUGCAGAUCACAAUUUGUGUCAUUUUUUGACUGUUUGUUUUAAUAUUCCUUGCAAAUUCUGUAAAAUGAACCAAUAAUGAGUACAUUUUUGGUGGAAAAAAAGAAAAAAAAUGCUCAUUAAACCAUCCAA